CUCACGGUUCACUAUAUUUCUGCCACGCACUGGUAUUGUCCGCUGAAAAGCUUCAGUUCCACAAAGAAGCUCUUCUGCGAGAGCCGAGAGUAGAAGCUCUCUCGAAGGCGAAUUCUGGGGGUGGGUUCAAUGGAGAUGAGCAUUGCAAGAGGUUGUCUCGACAAACAAGUGUUCCAGCUUUCAUCAAAAGCAAGAACGUCUCAUUGGGAGUCUACUAAGAGAACUUGGCAUACCGUGACCUCUAUUUAUCAAAUGCUCAAUCAGAGUACAUCAUAUUAUCCUGAAUCUUCUCUUAAGAUGUGCGACAAACACCUUAAGCAGUGGAGGGCCUUUUCAAUUCCUGUUAGCGUAGAUGAAUCGUUUCCAUCUCAGUCAGGUGAUGAUUUUGUUAAUGAAGAGGAUUCUCCUGAAGACUCCCCAGAGAACCUUCUUUCCAAACCAUUGAGUAAUGAAGAGUUAAAAACACUGCUUGCUGACACAGAAAGAGCAAGACUUAUCAGAAAACUUAGUGAGGCCAAUCAACAAAACCGCUUCGUCAAACGGCAGCUGCAUGUGAAGGAAGAUGCACUGGUUACCUUCAAAAGUGAACUGGCAGUUAUGGAACUAGAAGUACAGGCUUUGGUUGCGCUAGCAGAAGAAAUUGCUAAAUCAGAAAUUCCUGUGGGGACAAGAAAGAUUAAUGGGAAGUACAUCCAGUCUCACCUUCUUUCACGGUUAGAAGCAAUUUAUGAAAAGCUGAAAGAAAAGACGAAGGAUGUUGAUGCUGCACGGUCCAAGGAAGUCCCUCUGUUUUGGUAUGGUAUGGCUGAGAGUGUGCAAGUGAUGGGCACAUUUGAUGGUUGGAGUCAAGGAGAGCAUUUGUCUCCAGAAUACACAGGUUCCUUCACAAAGUUCUCUACAACCUUGAUGCUUCGACCUGGAAGGUAUGAGAUCAAGUUCUUGGUGGACGGGGAAUGGCAUAUAUCUCCAGAAUUUCCAACCGUUGGCGAGGGGAUAACCAAAAAUAACUUGCUAAUAGUUUUAUAGCUUGGGGAAUGCAAAUUUCAGGCAUUUUGAAACAUGGGACUGCUAAGCUUAGCGCUUUAUGUUCUGCUAUCCUUGAGACUUGCAAAGUAGUCCUUCACAGUGUGAAAUGCGAACUGGAACUGACUGGAGCAGCAGCUCCUGACAAAUCGAAAGGCAAAAAGAGAGGAGCAAUACCAUGUCUGUUACUGUAACCAGUUUCGGAGCCCGUUGUUUUCCAUAGUGCCGGGCCGUUCAUCUGUCUGUAAUGGACACAACUAUUUUCUGACCUCUUAUGGCCUUCGAUGUGUAUAAAUCUGUGUUUUCAGCUGUA